UCACAAUUAAACAAGGGCGCUUGAUGGUCGGAACUCAAGAAAAAGAUCUCCACAGUAUCCUCAAUCCACUGCUCUCUGGCCGUCCCCACCACCGUUCUGUGUGUGAAGGAGAGAGAGGGAGAGGGAUUGAUUCAAGCGGAAGCCUCGCUGCCACCUCGGACGACCUCCAUUCUGUUCGUCCCUGAGAAGUUGCCGUCGUCGUCUGCUUGAGCCUUGUGUCCUUUCGCUUAGCUCCCCAUGAUAUUGGUUGAGCUUGCAGGACAUGCUGUUUUCCUGUGGUCUAAAGGCAGCACGACAGUUUAUGCUUCAAAUAGAUCUAAAGGGAGAAACAGAAAUCAUCAAGCGAGCACAGAGAGAACCAAAUAUGAGAGUUUGUUGUUCAAGAAACAUGGCACUUGGAGAAGUAUUAAUCCAAAAGAGCUGUCGAGGAAAAAGGGUGGAUCUUUGAGAGGGAGAGGAUGGAAAUAUGGGUCCGGAUUUGUUGAUGGAGUCUUCCCUAUUCUCAGUCAAUCUGCUCAGGAACUCCUGAAAUUUAUUGUUCAAAAUGGCAUUGAUGAUGGUGACAUUUUUGGUUUUCUUGAUGGCCUUGUUCCAUCACAUGAUACCUGGGAUGACCUUAUCAAUGUUGCUGUUCAACUUCGUCUCAGUAAACAGUGGGAUGCUCUUAUUCUUGUAUGUGAGUGGAUACUGAACAGCAGCUGCUUCCGGCCUGAUGUCAUCUGCUAUAAUUUGCUAAUAGAUGCUUAUGGCCAGAAUUCACAACAUAUGAAAGCAGAACUCAUAUACCUAAAACUAUUGGAGAACAAUGUUGUUGCUACAGAUGAUACAUAUGCUCUUCUGAUACGUUCAUACUGUGCAUCUGGGCUACUUGAGAAAGCUGAAGCUAUCUUUACUACAAUGAGAAGAAAGAGAUCUCCUUCAAGUGCCAUUGUGUACAAUGCUUAUAUUGAUGGGUUGAUGAAACAGAAAGAAUUGCAUAAAGCAGAAGAGGUUUUCCAGAAGAUGAAGAAAGAUCACUGCCAACCAUCUGACGAGACGUACACAAUGAUAAUCAAUCUGUAUGGGAGGUUCAAGCAGCCUCAGAUGGCCCUUAAAAUUUUCCAAGAAAUGGGAUCAGAGAAGUGCAAGCCUAAUAUCUGCACUUACACAGCACUAAUAAAUGCAUAUGCAAGGGAAGGGCUUUUUCAGAAAGCUGAGGAAGUAUUUGAAAUUUUGCAAGAUGCUGGACAUGAGCCUGAUGUGUAUGCUUACAAUGCCUUGAUGGAAUCUUACAGUCGUGCAGGUUUUGCACAAGCAUGUGCCGAAAUAUUUUCUCUCAUGCAACUGGAGGGUUGUGAACCAGAUCAAGCUUCAUACAACAUAAUGGUUGAUGCAUUUGGAAGAGCUGGUCUUUAUGACAAUGCAAGAGCAGUUUUCGAUGAGUUAAAGCUCAGAGGAUUCAAGCCCACCAUGAAAUCACAUAUGUUACUGUUGUCUGCAUACUCAAGAGCAGGAAACGUUACAAAAUGCGAGGAAAUUGUUACUCAGAUGGUUAAAUCAGGGAUCCAACCAGACACCUUUGUUGUAAACAGCCUAAUUAACAUGUAUGGUCGGGCGGGUUACUUCGAGAAAAUGGAAAGGGCUUUGGAUACUGUGGAAAAUGGUGCAUACCCAGCAGAUAUAAGCACCUAUAAUAUCCUGAUAAAUCUAUACGCUCGAGCGGGCUUCUGCGAGAAAGUUGAACAAGUUUUUGCUUCUCUUAGUGGGAAGAAUUUGAAACCUGACGUUGUGACAUGGACAUCCAGGCUUGGGGCAUAUGCUAGAAAGAAACAGUAUAAGAAAUGCAUAGAAAUUUUUGAAGAAAUGGUUGAUAAUGGUUGUUAUCCAGAUGGUGGCACUGCUAAAGUGCUCAUCUCAGCAUGCACAAACCAGGAACAGACUGAGCAAGUGAUGGCUGUGAUAAGGACAAUGCAUAAGGAGAUGCCGACCCUGUUUCCCGUAACCUGAUGUUUUCCAUGAAUGAAGUUCAUGAUUGUAUUUAACGCAACUCCACACGUCGCACAUGUAAUUGGCGCUCAGAAUGAUUGCAUGCUGAAAUUAGCAAUGAAGAGCUUCCAUGGAUUACAUCUGCUUA